CUUAACCAACACCCCCUCUCUGAAAGCGUCUCCACCCGGUAUUUACCUUUUUAGCGACAAUUUGCCCCUGUUGCGGGUGACGUGAGGCCAGAGUUAUUCUUCCACUCAUUUUCGGCGAUUUCGCGCCUCUCACAUCUGAUAUCCCUCCGUCCUCAACACUGACGCAGUCCCCUCCUUCACACGUGACCCAUCACCAUGCCUGACGAAGAACCGUCCCUGAACAUCCCCUCCCUUCUCACCCUUGCCGUGGUCUCUUUCUUCGUGAUCCGAUGGUUCUUCAACCGUGACGGAGAUGCUGGGGCCGGUACCGGUCGCAGCCGCACGCGAGGAAAUGGCGUCGAUCCAGCCCACGUCGAGCAGAUCUCACAGAUGUUUCCUCAGCUCAGCCAUCGCGAGAUCAUGUGGGACUUACAGCGCAACGGGGGGAACAUGGCCGCUACUACGGAAAGAAUCCUUACGGGCCGUGGCCUAGAAGUGCCCCCUCCAUCGUUUCAACCCCAGGUCGCCAUCCCCACCCCCACCGCGCCAGCACAGCCCGCCACCGCGGCGCCCAAGGCGGACGGCCAGGACCUGAUCUCUCGGUACAACCUGCGCGCGAAAGUCGGCACCGACGAGGACGCCGCGGCCUCACAGGCUCAGUCUUCCACGGGUUGGUCGCAGAGCAAGGAGGAGCGACAGCGCUUGCUCCAGAAGCGCAGGGAUGAUAUGAUCUUGGCGGCACGGAGGAAGAUGAUGCAGAAGGACCAGACGGUUGCUCAAUGAGGUCCCCUUUUUCUGAUGUGGCUCUGCGCGCAGGCCCCCCCCCCCCCUCUCUCCUAUUCGCUAUUCUUCGUUGUGACUUAGCACGGCCUGCAUAUAUGCAUGGGAUCGUUUGUGGGCUUUCAUUGCUUUAGGCUUCCAGUCAAAUUUGGAUUCUCCUUUCCCUCUUUUCUUUUCUUUUUUUUUGUGACCUGGCUUUUUUCUAGCUCUCGUCAUUAGUUUUAUACCUUUGUUUUUUGUCGGCGUUGAGGAUGGUUCAAGAUUUGAUCAAUGCUGACAGUGCCUCUUCGGCUCGGCAUCCACAUUUCCCAUGUUUCUUUCAGGAUGAUGGUGUUGACUUUACUCAUGUUGCUGUUCCUUUCGGACAGGCUUGCAGGGCGCGCCUUGUUCACACAGGGGGUUCGUAUCAUUUCUACGUAAAUGGACCAGAUUGAUAUGCACUGUAUGCGGUAUAGUAAAUCUGUCAAAAAUGAAUACCAG